UGCGUGGAGGGCGUGGCCGGCCUGUGAAAUGUCAGGGAGGAAUGGCGCUCGGCGCGGUAUUUUGAACAAUCGCCUUUUGCUUUCCUCGUUUUGUCUGGAAACGUUGGCCAGCUUCAAAAACUCGGGUAAGCACGACUUUGCGUUGUCCGAUUCUAGGCUUCUCUACACGGCAUCCAGCAGAAAACGCAGCACACGAUUAAAAGAGGGCUGAGACUUUGCAAGCAUGGAUGUGGUGUCACCAGAGCUCAACAGCCUCCUACCUGAUGAGAUCAUGGAUACCGAGGCCAUAGAGGAUGUCGCUCACCCCCAACCGGACGGCACCACGGUCCAGUCAGAGCCCACCGACGACACAUCGGUCCCGAUGGAGACGGAUACACCGAUGGUUUCGGAAAACGUGACCCUCUGUUCAGACGCCGCUCCGACGGAUCACACUCAGGCUCUGACCACCUCCACAGACUCCACGCUCUGCAUCAGCUCCGGAAGUCAGCUUCCUGUCUCAAUUUCAAGCGCAUCAUCUCCCCUUCUCACCCUCAAACCGACCAUGGCCACUUCCACAGCCACAACCAAAACGACAGACAGCGUGACCGGGACUAGCGUCACCACGAGCGGCUUACAGAAGCUCACGGCUCCCUUUACCAUCUCCGCUGCGAACCACCAGAUCAUUCUCAACAAGGUGGCUUCAUCUCAAGCCACCGAAGCAGCAAAGUCUGCAGGUACUCCACCCCAGGUCAUCAAACAGGAAGGACAGAAACUUUUGGUUACGGCGAUAGGGAAGUCGGGUCAACCUAUAGUGCUGCAGCUACCGCACACUGGCAACAAGCCUGGCAUCGCACAGACCUCAGGAGACGCCAAAUCUCAAGCUCCGCAGUUUAAAGUGGUGACCAUCGGGGGGAGGUCGGAGCUAAAGCCGGUGGUGGGAAGUCCCGGCAAUCAGUUGACCACAUUACAGGCCCAGCAGCUGAAGACUGUGCAGAUCGCUAAGAAAACACCGACAUCCUCAGCUGCACCAAUCAAGUUUAUCAUCACAAAAACGGUUAACAGUAAAGGUCUGAGCCCUCAGACGUCAGUAAACCCUGUUAUUGCAGGUCGGGUCCUGACACAGAAUUCUCCAGUGAUGCCCCCGAGGACCAUCACUCUGUCUGAGCCCCACAACACUACUAUACAAAGCAUCCCUGGCAAAAAGAUCGCUAUUUCACCCCUUAAGACUCCCAGCAAGGUGACUGUGGUAUCUGUGGCUUCCCCGACCUCCAGCGCCCCUCAGAAGUCCGUAGCGUUGCCCGUCAAUGUAGCACUUGGCCAACAGAUCCUCACAGUCCAACAGUCCACAUCUGGAUCUCCAGUCAAGGUGGCCACCAGCCAAACCGCAGCGCAGGGUAUUAAACCGGUGCAGUCUGUGGCCGUGGGAGGAGUCGGCGGCUCCCAGUUCAAGACCAUCAUCCCGCUGGCCACUCAGCCCAAUGUGCAGCAGAUUCAGGUGCCAGGAAGCAGGUUCCACUACGUCCGCCUCGUCACGGCAACCACAGCUAGCAGCACAGGACAGCCCAGCGGCCCCAGCACCAGCUCCAUACAGACAGCUAAACCGAUGGUGGUCAGCACAGGAGCAGUGAGGAUGUCUGUCCCAAUCGUCCCGGCGCAGACCAUGAAACAGGUGGCACCUAAACCCUUGACAUCAGCGCCGCAGGUAGUCACCACCACUCAGACCCAACAGCGCCUGAUCAUGCCCGCGACUCCGCUACCGCAGAUCCAGCCCAACUUCACCAACCUCCCUCCAGGCACCGUCCUGGCACCAGCUCCAGGAAGCGGGAACGUGGGCUACGCGGUCGUGCCAGCACAAUAUGUCACACAGCUCCAGCAGUCACCGUUCGUGACCCUCGCCAGCAGCUCCGGUUUCCCCCCGUCCACUGGUAUCCAGACUCAGGCCAGAUUACCGCUCAACGGAUUAUCGACAGCAGAAUCAACGUCACGACCGAGGAAACCCUGCAACUGCACCAAGUCACAGUGUCUCAAGCUAUACUGUGACUGCUUUGCAAAUGGAGAGUUCUGCAAUAAUUGUAACUGUAAUAACUGCUUCAAUAACCUGGAACAUGAAACAGAACGUCUCAAAGCUAUAAAGACGUGUCUGGACCGGAAUCCAGAAGCCUUCAAACCUAAAAUCGGUAAAGGCAAAGAGGGCGAGUCAGACCGGCGACACAGUAAAGGCUGCAACUGUAAACGAUCGGGCUGCCUGAAGAACUACUGCGAGUGCUACGAGGCGAAGAUCAUGUGCUCGUCCAUUUGCAAGUGCAUCGGCUGCAAGAACUUCGAGGAGAGCCCGGAGAGGAAGACGCUGAUGCAUUUGGCCGACGCGGCGGAAGUGAGAGUCCAGCAGCAGACCGCGGCCAAGACCAAGCUGUCGUCACAGAUCUCAGACCUGCUCAUGCGGACGACGCCUGUUAUUUCGAGCGGAAGCGGGAGGCUUCCGUAUACGUUCGUAACGAAGGAGGUGCUGGAGGCGACGUGCGAGUGUCUGCUGGAACAGGCCAAAAAGGCCGAACAGACUCAUCAGCCUCAGGUGGAAGCGGAGAGGAUGAUCCUGGAGGAGUUCGGACACUGCCUCAUGAGAAUAAUCAACUCGGCGGGGAAAGCCAAAGCAGACUGCGCCUCCAUUAACUGUUGAGCGCUCUGGCUCUCCCCCCCCCCCCGCCUCCACCCACACCCUCUAAAACCCGCCCCAGCUGCAGAGGCACGGGAUUACUCUGCACUCGUCUGUCCCGGCCCCCCCCCCCCCCCCCGGUGGUUUCUCCCCUGUGGGGGGAAACAGGUUGUCUCCCUCAUCAAAAGGCAGAACAAUGGCCCCGGGAGCAGACGGACUCCCCUGCGCUGGCCAAAGCUAACGCCAGCUGGAAUAAUAAACGUGGAACAGUCGUCCUCGCUGUUCACCUACUUUGUAAAGUGAAGGACUGAUGGACAGAGCGAGACGCCUCUGAUGGAAAUGAAAUUAUUCUGGCUGUGCUGGACAGAAAUGACUCUGAACAAGGUAGCGCUAAACAGGAAUUUCUCCACUUUAUUUUCCCUACAAGGCUCUAUCUUUAAACUUUUGUUCUUCCAUUUUUAUUCUAUUUUUCUUCCUUCUUUCCCAUUUUUAGGGUUUUUUUUCUUUCGGGGAAAAAAAAAAUGCCUGUAAUUUUUAUGUAAUCGGUAUAUUUGUGCUUUCAAGUAGACAAACAGAACAUGUAUCUUUUGAUAUUUAUUUUGACAAGUAUUUGUAAUCAUUGUGAGCGCUAAUAUCGUGUGGCUUUUAGUGCUGCAAACUGUUAUUAACCGAGGCUAGGCUAAAUCGUUUCAAUGAAAAUGAGUAGAGGCAAUCCUAGGUUUUAUGCACAGACAGACGCACACACACAUAAUGCAUUAUGCACACACACACUCAUACACACACACACACUCAUACACACACACAAACAAAGAGCACUGCUCAGAAUAGGGGAGGUUCACGUUUCGGAAAAAAUAUCUUCUGGUGCUGUAGCGUAGUGGUCUGUUUUAAUUAGUCACAUGCUUACUGUACAUUAAAAAAAAAACCCACCAUGAAUCUAAACAUAAUUGAGACUUACAGUAUAUUUUGGAGAGAGCAAGUCAACGCGACGCAAGAACAAAAAGAAAAUUACAGUUAGCUGAUCCGUCCAAGGCUGGUCUGACGUCACUGGGGCACAAAUCCAGAGCUGCAACUGAUCUGGAUUCAUCAUUUUGUCUAUAAAAAUGGCAGAAAAAAAACAUCCCAAUUUCCCAAAAACCGAAGUACACAUAUCAAAAAUUUUAAUUUGACCAAAAGUCCAAAAAACCCCAAAAUAUUCAGAUAAUUAUCAUGUAUUAUAUGCAAAAGCAUCAAAUAGUCACAUAUGUGCUUGAAACUAACUACUUCACACAGUAUUCAUAGAGUUGCACUCCGUUAUGAAAGGUGGGAACGUUGGAUUGUCAGCUCUGCUCCGAUUCUGACGUCACAGAAAGAUGUCGGGGGAGAGGAGGGAGUUCAGACGCUAUUCAACCAUCCGAAAAGCACUUCAGACGAAGCAAACUGACGCCUUAAACGUUAUUAGUUGCACCUGUGCUUCUUCUUCUUGUUCAACUUGGAAUGUCUGGCGUUCACGCCGUGUGUCAGAUGAGUGGCGACCAUCUAAAAAAGAUUCCCGUGUUUAAGGACUUCCAAGUGUUCACGUCAACUGACAACUCGAGAAGUUUGUGCGAGUUUAAAAUGAGGGUUUAAAAUACUCUUGAUUGACAAAAUUAUGUUAUAUCCAUUAAAUUUUGGUGUAAUUACAUUGAAUAACGGACUCUAACUGAUGUGAGGCGUCUGUUCUGUAUUAUAAAGUACAAAGUCGGAUAUAUAUCGGAGCUUUCCGGUCGUAAUUCUCACUUGGAGGUUGACGUGAACGCUAUGUACAAUUCUGAAUUGGUCAAGUAUGACAAAUACUCUGAAUUACACUUGAAAUCACCCAGAUGUCGACAGUCACUGAGUCGUCUUUGUUGAAUGAAUGCAUCGAGUUUUAUGGACUCUCUUCCUGCUCUGCACUGUUUCAAUAAGAUGUUUUCCAUCUGUGUUAAAGGUCUGUGGAGUUAUUGAGCACUAGUAGCGGAGCAAUGCUUUUAAGAGUCCCUGUUUGUUUGUCAGGCGAUUGGACGCCGAUGCAUCGCAGGUGAUGUGAUGCACAGUCCUGCAUGUCUAGUCCACCUAACAAGAAGAAGACAUCUGACAAACAAACAUGGACGCAGGGCUGCAACUAACAGUUAUUUCUAUAAUCAGUUAAUCUGCUGUCGAGCCAACUAUUAUAUUAAUCACCAACUGAGGAGAAAAAUGUCCAAAUUCUCUGGUUCCAGCUUCUUAAAUGUGAAUAUUUUCUGGUUUCUUUAGUCCUCUAUGACAGUAAACUGAAUGUCUUUUGGUUGUGGACUAAACAAGAUAUUUGAGAUUGACGUCACCUUCAGAUCUGAGAAAUAGUGAUCGACAUUUUUCACCAUUUUCUGACUUUUUAUAGAUUCGUUAGUUGCAGCCCUAAUCUGCUGAUUAUUUUCUUGACUCAUGGAUAAUUAUUUUGGUCUAUAAAACAUCAGAAAACAGUGAAAAAUAUCCAUCGUAACAUCCUGGAGCACAUGGAGGGUGUCAGUUAAUUUCUUGUUUUUUCUGAUUUACACAUUUUAAAACCCAAACAUGUUCAAUUCACAAUCAUGUAAGACCAAGAAACACAGCAGAUUCUCAUAUUUUUGCUUUAAAAAAAUGACUUAAAUGAUUAAUCAGUUAUAAUAGUUGCCAAUUAAUUGUCUUUUGAUUGUCUUACAUGGACGUAAACAAUGUAGGUUUCAAAUUCUUCCCAAAAUUUGUUUUAUGAGGAAGCAAAUUUCAGCGUAUUUUAGUAGGUUUAAAAAAUACAAACAUGUUUUUCUCAGAAAGACUGAAUGUAAACACAACUUUGUUGACAAAAAAGCUCCGCAGGAUACAUUUAAUGUAAGAAUGGAGUUUAACACAGCAGCAGGCAUGAAGGAUUUUAGACAAUAACUUCCAAAUAGAGAUCAUGUGUCCAUUGUUUGUUUGUUUUUGUUUCCUCACUUGUGCUCGAUAUCUUUCUGUAUUUGACUCUCCACUUUGGUAUUGCUAAAAUUAAUGUAUCAUAACAACUUUUGCUCUCUUGCUUGCUCACACACGACUUUUUAGGAACCAGAGUGACUGAAAUUCUCUUCUCUAUUCAAGCCCCCACGUCACAAAAAGAGUAUUCAAACAUCACUAGAACAAAAGUACAUUCAGAGUUUUCCUUCUUUCUGUAAACGCUUGCUGAAGGUUUGCUAAGCUGGCUGCACCUGAGACAAACGUCUCGGAUGCUAACUCUCAAUUUUUAUAGUUGGAUUAUGCAAAAUUAUUCCCAAAAAAAAAAAAAAGGCACAAUAACCCCAUUUAGACCCCCUUUUCUGUCAUCAGUGCAGUUUGUUUCUUUCACACAAAUUUAAUUUAUUUUUGAGUUCUUCAGAUGAUUAUAAACCAGCCGUUUCACCUCUUCAACAAGAACCUGUAAUAACCAGAUAAGCUGUUGGUUGCUAUUUUAUGAUUGUGGCUGAAGCUGAAUGAAAUGUUUCACAUGCUCUUCCCAUCCUGACUUUUAAAUAGUAAUUAAACUAUGUAAUGUUUUUAAGCUGGAAA